AUGAAGGGACCAGCAGUGGACUUUUCUCUUGCGCUCCUUCUGCUUCUGGUGGACUUGGUUGCGGUUCUCGCCGCACAGCCCCCCGCUGGGACGCACCCUGCCGCACUGCUCCGGGGGAUGGGCGCCGGCUCCAGACGCACAACGCACCGGCAGCAAGAAGGCAGGCUGCCCCUCUACAUGAUGCAGCUCUACCGCACUAUGCUGAACGAGGACCGCCGUUGGACUCCGGCUGCCAGCGUGAGCCGCAUCAGCGAGGAGGAUAACCCCGGUUUGCACGCCUCCGACUCCGUGGUCAGCCUCGUCGCCAAGAGCUGCCAACAGAUCGGCAAGAAGUGGUCCGUGACCUUUGACAUGUCCUCCAUGUCCGCAAGCGACAACAUCCAGCUGGCCGAACUUCGCAUCCGCCUGCCCUCCUUCACCGAGUCUCACAGAGCCUCCGUGGACGUCUACCACUCCCAAGGGGACGGAUGCUCCGGCACGCACUGCCCAGAGGACAGGCAGUUUGUGGGCCGCCUCGUGGCUCACCCCAGAUCAAUGGUGUCACCCUCCUCCUGGAAGGUGCUCAACAUGACGGAGAUGCUCCAGCGCUGGCUGCAGCGGGAGCACCCUGCGCAGAGGAUGGAGGAGGACGAGGCUGAGGCGAAGGAGGAGGAGGAGGGAAUCGGUCACCCGACCGCCGACCGGGUCACCGCGGUGAUCUUCUCAAGGCAACACUCCAACAGCCUUCGAGCUCCAACGCUCAUCCGCACGGCCGUGCGCUCCAAGUACGUCAGCCUGGACCGCAAGAGAGCGACGGCCGCCUCUGGGUCCAGGCCGAGGAGCCGCAGGUCCAGGAGGCAAUCGCACGCCCGGCGCCAGCGGCACGGUGUGGCCGGAGCCGCUCCCCGCAACAGGCCCUCCGCCGAGGAGGAGGAGGAGGAGGUGGUGGUGGUGGUGGAGGAGGAGGAGAAGGGUCAUCUCUGCAGGAAGGUGGACAUGAUGGUGGACUUUGCGAAGCUCGGUUGGAGCGAGUGGAUGGUCUACCCCAAGCAGUACAACGCCUAUCGCUGUGAAGGGAGCUGUCCUACGCCAGUGGAUGAGACCUUCACGCCCACCAACCACGCAUACAUGCAGAGCCUCCUGAAGCUUCACCACCCAGACAAGGUGCCGUGCCUUUCCUGUGUGCCAACGCGCCUGGCACCGGUGUCCAUGUUGUACUUCGAGAACGGGAAGAUGGUCAUGAGGCAUCACGAGGACAUGGUGGUGGAGGAGUGCGGCUGCCACUAAGCAGAAGACCUGGAAACCUUCUGGUUGAAGGCCGGAAAGAGCGGAGGCACAAAGUGCAACACAAGUGCUCCUCCUAAAGUGGUUGGACGUCCACAGGCACUUUACGGACUUUAUGUCCGGUUUGACACUGGCGCGCAGGCUGUUGCCGAGGUGUAGGACAAUGCUGUGCACCCAUGGACACCGCUUACACAAAUACAUUUUGAAAUAUGGAUUCUAAGUUCGAAGAGUUUUUGUAGAAGAUUUGGUGAUCGGGUGAUAAGCUACAAAGGUUCACAGGGAUUCAUUAC